AUGUCUUCCUACGAGCAGAUCUCCAAGCAGGCUGAGCAGGAUCUCGGCACUGAGCAGAACCUCACUGGCAAGAACCGCCACGAUGGUCUUGCCGAGGCUGGCGUGAACUCGUACGCCGAGAAGAAGUUCUCCGACCAUGGUGCUGAGCUCCUGACUGGCGAUGAGCUGAGCACCAACGCUGGUUACAACAAGCGCAUCCCUCCCAGCGAGGGUGGUGUCCUUGAUGACCGUGGCCGCCAAACUCGUGGCCAGCACUUUGAGGGUGAGGGCGGUCCCCUUGACAAGCUCUCAGAGCGCGACGGCGGUAAGAACGACAACGAUGUCGUCCCCGCCAACGUCCCCAAGGUCGACGGUCUUGGAUCCGCCGACGACAUUGCCACAAAGGGUCAGGAUGCCGCCACUGCCAACGUCGGCCGCAGCGCACCAGGCGCUGGUGGUAACCAGUACAGGGGCAGCGACUUCUACAACCCCGAGUCUGUCCCUGACAGCAUCUCAGCCGAGGGUAACGUCGCUCCCAGCAGCGUCGUCGAGGCCAGCCGGGAGGCUGAGCAGCCCGAGAAGUUCGGUCCUGCGUAA